UUAAUUAUGUGUCUUUGAAGCAUAUUGCGAAGAUCACUACUAGACUCACUUGUCAAACUAACUUCGCUGCAGCUUUUUGUGAACUGGAGCAAUUAAAAUAUCUAAGGGAGUUGUACCUUGGAAAUAAUGCAUUGGAAGGCAAUAUUCCCUCUUGUCUUGAGAGGUUUGAAAAUCUUGAAAUUCUUGAUCUAUCGCAUAAUCGCUUGCAGGGCCAUCUACCAUCAUCGAUUUUCUCUAACCAGAGCAAGAUUAUGAAAUUUAAGGUUUCUGGUAAUCGAUUACAAGGGGUGUUGUCAUUUUCCAUAUUUGCCAACGCUUCUAGUCUUUACUACCUCGAUCUUUCAAACAACAAGUUGGAAGUUGAAACAGAGUCUCCCUCCUGGGUGCCCACCUUUCAGCUACGUUUUCUGCACUUGGCAGGCUGCAGCCUCAACAAGAAGAAUGGUCACGUUGUCCCAGCCUUCAUAUCCAACCAAUAUUUAUUGUAUUUGCUAGACUUGUCUGACAACUCAUUAGAAGGAAGUGUACCUUGUCAACUACUUUUCAACAAGAAUAUCACAGUUUUGUCCUUGAGUCGCAACAAAAUCGAUGGUUCUUUCCUUGACUGCUCUGCUAAUGGAACUUCACCACCACUUAAGUGGUUGGACAUAUCUGAUAAUCAUGUGAAAGGCUCUCUUCCAGGAAAUAUUGGAUAUCUUCAUCCACAACUGUGUCUUGUUGACAUGUCCUCAAAUGCAUUAGAAGGCAACAUUCCUUGGUCCUUUGGUUAUCCGCCUCUCGAAUUUUUAUACCUUUCUGAUAACAUGCUCUCAGGAACAAUACCGCAGAGUUUGACUAGAACUGGCACGCAACUCAUGUUUCUAGAUUUAUCAAACAACAAAUUGCAAGGACAAAUGCUCCCAAAGGAUGCGAACAUCACAAGGUUGAGGAUCUUGCAUCUAAGUGGCAAUCACUUUGAAGGAGUAAUCUCUCCCAGCAUAUCAAACUGUCCAUCUUUAAUAAUCCUAGAGGUUAGAGACAAUGACUUGUCCGGUAAUAUUCCAGAGUGGUUGUAUGAUCAUCCUCACUUGGUUAGCCUUAUUUUAAGUGGAAAUCGCUUAGAAGGUCACCUACCCCGAAGACUGUGUCGGAUGAAAACACUGCAAGUUUUUGACGUCUCUCACAAUCGUCUUUCAGGAGGUAUUCCCUCUUGCCUUGAUAACAUUACUUUCUGGAACAAGAGUUCUCCAAGUCCUACUUACUGGAAUUACUAUGCCAAAAAACUUCAUAUAUGGUUUCCCUACGACCUAUUUGGAGAUGAUUAUAUGCCUUUUCUAACAUCAGCAGCUCAAACAUCUUUGUUCAUAAAAAAUAGGUUACAUACUUUCAAAGGUAUCCCUCUCUUGAUGAUGACUGCAAUUGACCUGUCAUCUAACCAGUUGACAGGUAGCAUUCCUUCUGAAAUGGGAGAACUGUCACAGCUUCGGUUCUUGAACUUGUCGAAUAACUCUCUAACAGGUUCCAUUCCAAUCUCUUUUAGAAACUUGACAAGCAUGGAGAGUUUGGAUCUUUCUCACAACAAGUUGAGAGGGAGAAUCCCUUCUGAAUUGGUUGAACUCACUUCUUUAUCUGUAUUUAGUGUUGCCUACAACAAUCUGUCAGGAAGAAUCCCAUUUGAGCAUCAAUUCUCAACUUUCACAAGCCAAUGCUAUGAGGGUAAUCCGGGACUCUUUGGAGACCCCCUGCCAAGGGCAACAAAAGGGCAACAAGUCAAGGAUGAAAAAGAAGGAAUUAAAAUGAUUGAUCAGCCUUUCUUCUUCUACGCAUUUGUAACGGUGUCGUAUGCACUCGGGUUGUGGGCUUUCUUUGGGAUCCUAAUCAUUAAAAAGAACUGGAGGCACAAGUAUUUCAGAGCCGUGGACGGAUAUAUUGAGUCUUUGUUUGAGCUGCUCUCUAAGUAUAAGUGA